CUUUAAUCAUUACUUUUCAUAUCCACUUCACCAUGUUUGGUCAAGUCACUCUCUUUGAUUAGUUGCAAAUGGAGCUGGUGUGCAGCAUUUUUGAAUACUUUCCCUUGUUCUCCAGCAGAGCCAACUACCAACAAAGUAACAACAACUCCCUCUUCCAGUUCCAUAAGUGCAGAGCCAACUACAACCAAAAUAACAACAACUCCCUCUACCAGUUCCAUAAGUGUUACAACAGGAAGUACAACAAUCACUCCGUCUGUUCAUCAUUCAAGAACAGUUACAACUACAUCAACACCACAUCACCCUCCUCCCAGUUCCACAUCUGCAGAGCCAACUACAACCAAAGUAACAACAACUCCCUCUACCAGUUCCACAAGUGGUGAGUUUUUAUUUCAAUAGAAUCACCAAAUAAUUAUAAAAGCAAACAAUGAGAGUAUUUGACACAUUCAUCAACAUGAUCUGCAGUUCAAGUUGUCUCAGUAAAAUAGCCAAAAAUAUCAAUGACCAUUUUGUCUUGUAAGGUAAAGUUAUUUAUGUUUUGAUCUAACUUUGUGUGUCUAUAAAAUAACCAAAUAGUGAAUGAUGAUCACUAAUACUGCCUUGCAGUGAUCAAGCAGUUCUUCUGUGUGAUUUUCAUUGUUUCUCUUUCCAAAUUAACAUUACAACAGGAUGGACAACAAUCACUCGAUCAGUUCAUCAUUCAAAAACUGGUCUGUGAUGUACUUCUGCAAAUGAUAUGAUAAAUUGCAUUGUUACAUAUAUGAAUACAUGAAUGCAUUCACCAACGCAGUUUCAUCAAGAGCAGCACUCUGCGUGGAAAUGUACAAGAUUAUUGUAAUUCGCUGGAUGCAAUUAAAUUCAUGAUUUUGUUUUCUCCACAUUCAGUACACCUGCUUGAAUAAUAUAGAAGUGGACAAGAUAUUUCCCUAUUUGACUUAAUUGAAAGCUUGUGAACAUUGAUUUGGAUCAGAGUUUGCCUGUUACAGAUCGAGAUGAUAAGGAGUUUCACCUCUUAAGGGUUUAUCAAUCAUCGGUGUACUCAACAUCAGAAAGCUGCAGCAGCUGAAUUUUUCUUUUUGUUUUCCCAGUUACAACUACAACACUAACACAUCACCCUCCUCCCAGUACCACAUCUGAAGCCACAACGCCAACAGCAGGUAGAACAACAGUGUCCACUCCCAGUUCAACAACUGAAUUGGCUUGUGAUGGUACAUGGUCUGCAUGGUCCAAUCAAAAUUCACCGUCUAUUCACAAUAAAGAUGAUUCCGAAUUACUGGAGCCAAUACGUCACAAAUUAUGUUCAGUUUCCCCUUACUCCAUAAGUAACAUUGAGUGCGAGGCUGUCGGCAUUCCACAGCUUCUGAUCAGUGAAACGAAAGACAAUGUCACGUGUGAUUUAAAAAAAGGACUGAUUUGUACUUAUAAUAAAGAAUCUUCCAACUAUAGCAGGUGUUUGGACUAUAAAAUUAGAGUCUGCUGUAACUCUGGGACAACUUUAUCUCCAAGCACAGCCAGUUCAAUGUCGCCAUUUACCACACCCACAACUGUAGAGGAAUGUGUUUGUGAAACAACCCCACGAAGAAAAUGCAAUGAAACCUGGACAACAAACUGCAAGAAUUAUAUUUGUCUGGUCCAUGGCAUAAUACGCAUAACGAAUAUCACUUGUCCAGAAAUACGCCGGCCCAUUUGUCGUGAUCGGAAGAGUCCUGUGAAAAUCAUAACUCAUAAUGGCUGUUGUCAUCAAUUUGAAUGUGUUUAUGAAUGUAAAAUAUGGGGAGAUCCACAUUAUCGCACCUUUCAUGGGAUCAAUUAUGACUUCUUUGGGAAUUGUACAUAUACUGCCGUCGAAGAAAUAAUUCCCAAAUAUAACUUUUCAGUCCUGGUAGACAAUUAUUACUGUAUUGAAGGCAUACCUAAAUCGUGUCCAAAACAACUAAUUAUUUUUUACAAAGAAAAUAUUAUUACAAUUUCACCUACAAAUAAUAAGUUAACAGUCAAUGGACAUGAUACGAAGAUUCCUUAUUUUACAAAAGAAUUCAACAUUACAGAACAAUGGCCAAAAACUCACAUAUCAAUUCCUGAAAUUCUAACAAACAUUACUGCUGCUGAUUUCCUAUUUACAAUAAGUAUUGCAGAGUCAUUCUUAACUAACACUCGAGGCCAAUGUGGAAAGUGCUCAAGAAGAAAUGGUACAGACGUAUCUUCUAAAUGUUGUUCCACAACUGCUUCCGAAUGGAUAUAUAAUGAUAUCAAGAAACCUUACUGUCAAGGCAAUUCCACUUCAGUGCCUCCUUGUGAAGUAACACCUACUUCGACUCCAUGCCCUUAUAAACACCCCAUCUGUGACCUCAUUACAGGAAAGCCAUUUGUAAAAUGCAGACGGAAGGUUGACAUUGAACACUUUAAAAAGACUUGUAUCUAUGACAACUGCGGGACAAAUGUUAUUUGUAAUAGCUUGGAAGCUGCUGCAGAUGAGUGCUUUAAAUUGGGUUUUUGUGUUAACUGGAGACCUUACACAAAUGGAUUGUGCAAUCAUACAUGUCCACACAAUUUGGUUUAUAAGGCUUGCCCAAGCAAAACAGAUGAUCGCUGUGUCAACUCCACAGUGGAACCUGGCACUCACACUUCAGAGGAGGGAUGCUUUUGCCCAGAUGGAAUGAUGAUGACAGAAAAUAGUACUGAAUGUGUUUCCUCGUGUGAAAGCAAGUUAUAUUUCAGUUGGAAUAAAUAUGAAUUAGUUUUAAUUACCUUUCGUGAAAUUGUAUUCAUUGUGAGGUAUCACCUAGUUAAACAUACUAAGGUAUUUCUUAAUAACAUCAAACUAAGUUUGAGACCAAGUUGA